AUGAGAUCUAAUAACAACACGAAGAGUGCAGACGCAGGACGCAAGCAGAGUCCGAGUGACGGGGCUCCACGGCGAGUCAACUCUCAGAAGGCUUGGGGUUCGGCCUCCAGCUCCUCUUCACAACGAAGCUCGAUGGCUGCCCAACCGAAUGGGACCACCCCCCAACCAAGGAACGUAGGGAACAUGAGGCAGAAUACACACAAAGAGUCGGGGAUUUCAGACAAACAGGCGCAUGAGAGACUAACUUUCCUUUUCGGAGCUGCGAUUGGUCUGAAUGUAGUCAUUACAACAAAGUCUGGCGAAAAGUUCGAGGGCUUGUUGUCUGGCUCGGCCUUCGGUCAACCAAGCUCUAGAAUCACCUUGAAGAUGGUGAGGAAAUCGCAGUCUGCUGCUGGAGGACAGGUUAAUGGCGCUGCGUCUCGGGAAGCGACCUUCGUUGGCUCGAGUCCCGAGUAUGCAAUGAAUUUCGACCUGAAAGACAUGAUUGACAUGACGAUUCCCGAGUUUGUGGUACCUGAGGCCACGAAGCUUGCAAAUGGCUCUUCGACCGGCUUUCAGACCGAUGCCGACAUCUCUGGCAAUCAGUCUCGUGGAGAGCGUACUCUUCAACGUUGGGUUCCAGAAGGACCUGACACUACCGACUUUUCGCUAGAGUCAUCUACUAAUGCCACCGGCUGGGAUCAAUUCGCCACCAACAAUCAACUCUUCGGAACUAGCAGUACGUACGAUGAGAAUCUCUACACGACUACAAUUGACAGAAGUGCACCUUCCUAUAAGCGCCGGGAGGCCGAAGCUGCGAGGAUCGCGCGAGAGAUUGAAGGAGCCGCCUCUGCAAAUGCUCACGUCCGCGAGGAACGUGGCCAGGCACUGGAAAACGACGGGGAUGACGAAGAAGAAAAGUACAGUGGUGUUCGACGUGAUGAGCGCGCGUUCCCACCUCUCCCUGUGGGCGGGCCGAACAAGUACACGCCGCCCGCUCGGAGAGCUCCAACUGGCGCGGCUACAGUACCUGGGGCUCCUGUAGACCCUGCAAUCAUCUCAGCGUCCUUAUCUCGGCCUGAUGGCUCCAAUCCAACGGCUCCAAAGGCAAAUGAGAAAGAACCCAGUGGUACUGGGAAGGUUUCAGUUCCGUCCGUGGAGAAGCCGAGUCAAACGACAGCCAUCGAGCCCAGUAUCACUACACCUGCCCUCGUUCCAGAUGCAUCAAAAAAUGAUGCUGUCGGGAAGAAAGCUAUAUCUCCCGGACCUACUGAGGACGUAGAGGUGAAGGUCCUGAACCAAUUCCGUCAGUUCGCGGACAGUGAGAAACAACGCGUCAUCGAAAGAAGAAGAGCUCAGCAGAAUCAAGACCGGACGGCUAAGCUGAACGAGCUACUGCGUUUCUCGAAAACUUUCAAGCUUAAGACCCCAAUUCCCAGCGACCUCAUCGGCAUUCUUGCUAAAGAUCCAGCUAAGCAAGAGGCCAUCGUCGAGAAGGCACAAAAAGAGCAUGAGGAUUCGACUUCAACAGCUGCGAGCCCUUCUCCUGUCGCGGCAUCCAGCGGUGUUCCUCGCAAAAUAGAGGCGCCUCAGCCCACGGCCCCUGUUAAUGAUAGACAGACUUACAACCGCGGACGUGGUGGUUACCCUCACCCCGGGCGACCGGAACGGCCGGCCAGUCAACAACCACCACCGCCAUUGUUUCCUGGCCGAGGUGCCCAUGCUCCUUACCAGCAGAGAUUCCCAUCCCACCAAGAUCGCAAAGGAAGCCACCCGCCACCCAUCCCAGCUCCCAUUCCGAUCAUUGAAGGUCGUGUGCCCCCGACUGGCCCCAUGGCUGAACAAGGCGGUAUGACCAGUCCACAACGAUCUAAUAUGAACACACCAUCUUCGGCAGUAUCUGCAAGAUUCAAUUUGAAUGUGAAGGCCUCAGAGUUCCGACCUACUGCGGCAGCAUUCAACCCUACUGGUUCCUCCCAUGCUCCCUCGAGUCCGUCAUCUACUCAUCGCGCAGGCUCCAUUUCCCGAACUGCGACUCCCUCCUUGUUUUUUGGCCAUCGUAAGCCAAAGCCUGCUUCCGAAAGACCUUCUAUCUCCAGAGAUUUCAACCCCAUUGCACGCAUGAAGGUAGCCACUGCCAACGCUAACAAAUCAACUGAGGGUGAACCCAAGUCCGAUGAAGCCCACAAGAACUACGCAAGCAACGGCGGAAUACCACAUGCUUUCCAGACAGGACCACGUUGGACCGUCAAGACUGACAACGAUCAAAAGUCGUACGAGGAAGCUUUUGACCAGCUCAUGGCCGCCACAUUCUCGCGUGUUCCAACAAGAAUCGGCUCGGCCCAACACCUACCGUUCCCAGCGCAAGGGGCAUCAAUACCGAACGGGCCUGCUCAUGUACCACACAUCACGACCCCCCAGCAUUCGGCGCAUUCCCCACAUCAGUACCCUCACCAAUAUGAUGACGCCACUCCCCGUCUCCAGUUUGGUAAUGCCACUCCUGGAAUGUACCCAUCUCCCAGUAUUCCCUCUCGUCAAACAUCAACGUAUGCUUCGCCCAUGCCUCAUCCGGCUCAGCUAUCGUAUCAGCAGCAACCUUUCUAUGGAACUCCAAGCCAGAUGCCAAUGCAGAUGAGGCCUUUUCCCGGUACGCCUGGGAUGAUGCAUGCGCAGGCGGGACAAAUGGGUGCUCCAAUGAUGGUUCAGCAACCCUCCAACGGGCCUUAUAUGGCUGUUCCUCAACAGUUCAAUCCUCAGAUGCAAAUGUACUCGCCUAACGCAAACCAUGCCUACCCCCAGCAGAACGGAGGCUAUGCCAGUCCCGGUCGCGUGGCUCCCAUGAUGAUGCAGCAGGGGUCGCAGCAGAGUCACGCAGGAGCGCCAAACAUGAUGUUCAGUAUUUCCAAUCAGGGUGUACCAAUGGGUUUUCCACAGCAGCAGAUGGGCGUACCUCGCGCUAACUACGGAGGACACCAGUAUGGAGCUACUCCGCACCAGGCUUAUGGAAUGCAACACCGAACGAUGAGCAGUGGAUAUGGCCAAAUUCCCCAAAAGGGACAUCCACAAAUGCCACCGAAUCAUGCUCCGGCGAUGACGCAACCUCCCCAAGCGCCAGCUUAUGGACAGAUGGAAGCAGUCCAGGACGAUGGAAAAUGA